AUAACGCUCAUUCAGUCUGGUGAGCUGACCAUCUCUGACAGCCGGGCGUAUUGGUAAAUCAAUGGACGAUGAACUUGUUGAGAUUCUAACGAGCUGGGCACUUCCCCGAGGGGGAGGGGGGGAGGGGGCAGUGGGCUCACUCCGAUCACUGAUUGGCUUCUACUCCGACAAGCUGGCCGGUUGGCUCCCACCUCUCGUAUUGAUGGACUGGCAUCCAUGGAGAUAAGGAUCCUCUAGGCUUGGUGCCUUUGCCUUGGAUGAAUCUUUGUGUGGGUUUUUUUUUUUUGGAUUCAUCUUCUGUGAAGAGACAUCCAUUCAGAAAUGUUCACGGUUGGAAGGUUUAUGAACCACAGAGCCCCGGCCAACAGCCGCUACAAACCGACGUGCUACGAACAUGCCGCCAACUGCUACACACAUGCAUUCCUCAUUGUCCCUUCUAUAAUUGGAAGUACUCUUCUACAUCGUAUGUCAGAUGACCGAUGGGAAAAGAUAACUGCUUGGAUUUAUGGCAUGGGCCUGUGUGCCCUUUUUAUAGUGUCCACUGUGUUUCAUAUAGUCACUUGGAAGAAGAGUCACCUACGGUCUAUAGAGCAUUGUUUCCACAUGUGUGACAGAAUGGUCAUCUACUUUUUCAUUGCCGCCUCCUAUGCACCAUGGUUAAAUCUACGUGAACUUGGUCCUUUGGCUUCUCAUAUGAGGUGGUUUAUCUGGUUAAUGGCAGCAGGUGGAACAAUUUAUGUGUUUUUGUACCAUGAAAGGUAUAAAAUAGUUGAAUUGCUCUUCUAUCUAGCAAUGGGAUUUUCUCCUGCUCUAGUAGUGACAUCAAUGAACAACACGGAAGGCUUACAAGAACUGGCUUGGGGAGGCCUCAUCUACUGCAUGGGUGUUGUCUUUUUUAAGAGUGACGGAAUCAUCCCCUUUGCGCAUGCCAUCUGGCACCUCUUCGUCGCCCUUGCAGCUGCCGUGCAUUAUUACGCCAUCUGGAAGUACCUGUACAAAAGUUCGUCUUCAGAUUUGAUCCGACACUUAUGACGAAAUGGCGCAGAGAAGAAACACUAUAUCAGUAUUACUUGACAUGAAAAAAGAAUGUAUGAUAAGGCAAGGGAGGUAUUGUGUUAUAACAGGAAAUAAUGCACUGACGUAUCUGGUUCUCUACAACAUACUGUGAAAAAGAUGUGAAUCUGAAUAGCAGUUAGAAUUGAGACCUAUUCCUCAGCCAAUAUUGUGCCCCUAGCUGGCCUGUUCUAAGGCUCUUAAGCUCGGUAUCAGCCGUUAAGUACUCAGCUACCAAUUAGGAGGGUGUUCUGUAUCAUAUAAUGGGAUAGAAGUGUUGGCCAUAGCUACCAGUCAGCUUCCAGCUGUCUUUUUUUUUAUUAUUAUCAGUUCGAGUAAUUCCAACCAAAAUGGAUAUAUCCAUUGUUGGUAGAGGCUGGUAAGUCCAAUGACACAUUGGCUAUUGCCAUUUGAGGGCUCAAGAUUUUAGUGCAAAAUAUUACGAAGUCUGCCUCCUUGCUUUGGUCAUUACAAAGGCUUGUUAGGAGGGGGUCUUGUUCCUUCUGCUGCUCCCCCCCCUCUGUAAUGUAAUAUGUGAAUAAAUAUAAGCUGGAUGAGGCUGGGAACUUAGGUGCAGAUGUCUUGCCACUGGAGCCAUUGGGAGAGGAGAAGCCGGUGGGUGAAUCCUAUAACCCGUACCCACCCAGACAGUAAUGCCAAGGUUUCUUGGUCUUAAUGGUCGCCGAUUGGUUGCUGUGGUCCACACCUUUUGCUUUCCCUUUCUUGCGGUUUUACAGAACACGCCCUGGAAGAGCCAGUCCAGCUGAGUUCUAUCAACCGGCUUACCUAAUGUUUACAAUGCAGGAGAUUCUUUUUUUAUCAGCCGUUUGAGUAUACUUUUUAAACACAGAUGUAUUUCUUUACAAAGGCAAAUUCGAGCAUUUCAACGUUUAAAAUGCCAAGAUUUAAAAUAAAAUGAGGGUAUUUUCUUUC